GAAAGGAAGAAUAUAAUGAAGAUACAAUGCGAGGCGUGCGGGAAGGCGGAGGGGGGGAUUCUGUGCUGUGCGGAUGAAGCAGUUAUUUGCAGGGGAUGUGACCAGAAAAUCCAUACAGCCAACAAGCUUUCCCAGAGACAUCACCGUCUCUCGCUCCUUAAUCAACCCCAUCAACUUCCUCCAUGCGACGUUUGCCCGGAGAAGAAAGGGUAUAUUUUCUGUUUGGAAGACAGGAAAUUAGUGUGUAAGGAUUGUGAUGAGGAUAUUCACAGGAACAGUCCGUACGGCUUAGCCCAUCAAAGGUUUCUGAUUGCUGGUCUGAAACUCGCCCUUGACCCUUCUGAUCCCAUUCCCACUGUAGCUCCUUCUUCAUCAUCUACUACUGUUAUUACUAGUCCACCAAUUCCCCAACCCAUCUCAGAUCACCAUGAUCACCGCCAUCACCAUCAUGAUCAGUUAGUACAGUACUAUUGGCCGCCGGAGCUAGAUUUCCAGUUUUCAGAUAUGGACGACUCAUCAAACAUUUCUAAUAGUAGCCAUUAUUGACUUACCUUAUGUAAUCUCAAGUGCAAAUUAUGCUUCUAAUCUUAAAAUUUGAGUCUUAUUAUGUAUAGUUUGGUAUUAAUAUAUUUUUUCCUUUUGUUAAAA